UUAGUAAUAAACCAUUUCUUGAUUUUAUAUUAGUGUUUGUGUUAUAAUAUUGUAAUAAAUAAAAAAAAACCUAUUACUAAUUUUCUAUUUACGGAAAGAUGAUAAGUUCUAAUAUCUUUAUUAGAAUUAAAAACAAGCGGGCCUUGAUUAUUAUUUAUUUUUCUAAUUUACUUAACUAACCGCGACCGGGCCAUCAUGACCGAUAAUUAUUAUUGACUUAUUAUUUUUAAUAAAUUGGACAUUCAAUAGUCUGGUGAUAAAAUUAUAAACGCAAGUCAACGCUUUUUAGUUUUUAUCUGGAGGAGAGAGCGUCGGCGUUCGCAUUCGCAAACCCGCCUUCGUCGUCGUAAGCCGUGUCUGCCGUUCUCCGAUACGCAUUAAAUUUUACAUUAAACAAAUAACGUUAUUCAAUUUUAAAAUGUACAAAUCAUUCGUCUUGUUGUGUGUUGUUUGCUGUAUCGUUGUUGAGGCACGCCCGAAAUGGCAGUUCCUACCGCAAGCACCGGGUUACGUGCCCGUUUACAUCAGGAGCGGAGACACGCCCCUCGAAGAAAUCAAUCCUGAUUUGGCUGAAGCUUUCAACGCUCUGCCCGCCGGAAGAAGCGCUGGUAAAGAUGUCGAAGCAGCCCCAGAAAUUCCCGAACACUACUCAUCAAAACUUAAUGUGCCCGAAAACCCAGAAAUUGGUGAUAGCCGCUCUUAAAUAUCGAAAUUUCUCGAAGAGGGCUCAGAUACGAUAAAUUUUUAACGUAAAUUAUACUAUUUUUUAAGUUAAUUUUAGUGUGUAAUAAGUUAGUUUAAGAAAUUCCCUUUUUGUUUAUUGACUCUAUGAUUAUUGUGGGCAUCACUAAACCAUUGUAAUUUUAACGAAAGUGAUUUUUACAUAUUUCAUUUUUUGUAACACAAUUUUUUUAAUAUGGUAAUAUUUUAAUCCAUUGUCUACUUGCCACUAUUAAUUAAUGUUAAUAUUUAAAUACUAAGAAGUUAAUUUAACUUGCCAUAAUUUAUGUUAACUUUUUAUUACGAUUAAAAAAUACAAAACACAUA